UAAAUAGUAAGCAAGAAAGAAUGUGAGUUUUCCUUUUGUCUAUCUCCAACUCUAACUCCAAGUCUCCAACUCAUCAAGUAGAAGCAGCAGCAUCUAACUAUUCAACAAGCGUGUGUGUUGCUGCUGCCCAUCCCCAGCUCUCACAUCUCCAUCUUCAUCUCCAAUGGCGGGCCAUCCCCACCUCCUCCAUCACCCCCUUCCCUUUUAACCUCCUCCUUCUCCUCCUUCCUCUCUCCCCUCUCUCUCUCUCCCUUACCAUGAAAAAAGAUCCCUGAGUACUCCAUCUCCAUCUCUUCCAUGGAUCCUUCUCUUCCUACUCCUCCUCCUCCUCCUCCUUCUUCUUCCUCUUCUUCACAACAUCAACAGCAACAGCAACAGCAACAUCAACAGCAACAACAACAGCAACCAAGUAGGUACGAAGCGCAAAAAAGAAGAGAUUGGAACACUUUCCAGCAAUACUUGAGGAAUCACAAACCACCACUAGCUCUCUCACGCUGCAGCGGAGCUCAUGUCAUCGAGUUCCUCAAAUAUCUAGACCAGUUCGGCAAAACUAAGGUUCACUCUUCUUCUUGCCCUUACUUCUCCAACCCCAACCCUCCAGCCCCUUGUUCUUGCCCUCUCCGCCAAGCCUGGGGUUCUCUCGACGCUCUCAUCGGCCGUCUCCGUGCUGCUUUCGAGGAAUCCGGUGGCCGUCCUGAAUCCAACCCUUUUGCCGCUCGCGCUGUCCGCAUCUAUCUCCGUGAAGUCCGUGAAACCCAAGCUCGCGCUCGUGGCAUCCCUUACGAGAAGAAGAAGCGGAAACGCCUUCCUCCUUCUUCCUCCUCCUCCGCCGCCGCCGCCACCACAACCGCCGCUUCCUCCUCUUCUGCUCCUCCUCCUCCUCUUCUUGCUACUGCUGAUGCUGCUACUGCUCCAAACUCAGAUGAUCAUCAACCUGGUGCUUCUUCUGCUUCUUGAUCUCUCUCUCAUUUUCUUUCUAUCUCUCUCUCUCUCUCUUUGUUCUCUUUGUUUUCUUGGAAUUUAAUUAUAUAGAACUAUAUAAUUAAAAUUCACAUGAUCAUGACUGAAUGGAGAUUUUCAUUUUGCUCAAAAAAUGUGGAACUUGCACCCCAAAAAUUUCAAUCUUUCUUCUCUCUUUCUAGUUUCUACAUCUCCAUAUAUGUACUGUUCAUGCCUGGUCCCCAUUUUUCUUCAAACUCUCAGCCAGCAGCACACGUGCACUCACUCUUCUCUUCUCUUCUCUUCUGCCAUUGCUAACAUCAUCCCCGCAUCACACAAUAAUAUUCACUCCUUUUAAUAUUUAUAUUUAUAUAGUGACAGUGUUCUAGACUUACAAUUGAAUUAUAAGUACAAAUAUAUAUAAUGUGGUGUUGUUUCUUGUUGAGAAAUAUGAGAGAGUUAAUUAAUUAAUCUUGAGAAGUGCUAAGUAGUAUGAGAAUUAAUGUGGAUUGAAAGAAGGGAUGAUAACUGAUAAGAUAGAUAAAAGGCCGCAAACCCCCACCAUGCUCAGGUCCCAUCAUCUUCUUUUCAUUCUGUCUUCUUGGUCUCUGCCAUAACUAUGAACCUCUCUAUUUAUUGUUUGUACUGCUUACUUUCAACUUGUUGACCCCACCCUUCAUCUUACUAAUUUACUACUCUACUACCUGCACUUCUUCUUCUUCAACAUUAUAUAUUAUUAAUUACUUUCUUAAUUCUUUAAUUUUGUGUUAUAAAUAUAGAGGCAAAUGUUAUAACAAAUCAUGAUUUAUUGAGUGAGGAAGUGAAAAGACAAGUUGGUGUGUGUGAGCUUGUGAAGAUUACCUGCUGGGAUUAUAUAUAUUUCAUACAAAUUGAGGAAAUGUUAUUGUUAUUAUUAUUAGUAUUUUAAAAGUUUCAUUACAUUCCUCAAAAUUAAUUUCACAACCAAAUUAGAGAAAU